AUGAUCUUGUGGAGUGCUUUUUUCAUAUUCUUGUGUGUUAUCGUAAAACUUAUAAAGCAAGUCAAUACAAUGGUCCGAUUUACGGACCUCUGUAAGAAAUUUGGACAAGUAUUCAUCCCUGCGAAAUAUGAUCCUGAUACACAGAAUUCUUAUUUACUAUACACAAGAAAAAAUCCAACAGAGUGUCAAACUCUUUUACUGGGAAAUGAGAAGUUAUUAGAAGCUUCUAACUUCAAUCCGAAUCACAGGACAGCUGUUCUUCUCCACGGAUGGAUUGAUCACCCUGAUGGUAGAUUCAGCAAGAUUGUUCGAUCUGCAUUUUUAGAAGCAGAUGAUAUGAACGUUAUAGUCGUGGACUGGAAGGACGGUGCGGAUAUAGCCAAUUACUUUACUGGGAUCAAAAACACUGUGAAGUCUGGGGAAGGAGUGGCACGAUUCAUAGCGUGGCUGAAUCACAUGACAGGCGCUGAUCUCUCACUUUAUCACAUAGUUGGAUACAGUAUGGGCGGUCACCAAGCAGGAGUCGUGGGCAGGAACCUCGACGGCAAAGUUGGAUACAUUACAGGUCUAGAUCCAGCUGGACCAUUUUGGAGAUUCAACAAGCAUAAACUAAAAAAGACGGAUGCUCAGUACACAGAAGUGAUACACACGCACCGAUGGCUGGGCUACUUCGCACCACUAGGACAUGUGGAUUUCUACCCCAACAGUGGAGUGUGGAACACUUGCAAAUGCUGGACGGUUAUAUGUACACAUGAUAGGUGUUUCAAAUACUUUGCGGAAUCUCUGCGUUCGGGAGGGUUCACAGGCAGAAGGUGCAGGAACCUCCGCGACGCUAAACUAGGACGAAGUACAUUACCUGAAACACUGAAAAUGGGAGGUGUUAUACCUAAAACAGGAAGAACGGGUAUCUACUAUAUGCAGACUAAUGAAACUCCACCAUUCUCUCGAGGUUAA